AUGAAACUCAAGCGGUUCCUUCUCAGAUAUUAUCCACCAGGUAUAAUCCUGGAAUACGAGAAAGGGGGAUAUUUGAGGACCAAAUCGAUCGACCUUUUGGAUCUGACCCCAGAAACAAAUCCAGAUGAGCUGUUGGCAGAAAUCAGGCUGUUGGAGCCUCUGAUCAGGUCAGAGUCCCAGGCCGAUCAGGUCAGACAGCUGAUCCUUCGACUCCAGGAGAAACAGGGCCAACAGGACCACCACAGGUUCUGUUACUUCAAGGAGCUUAAGCCACACAUACUGCCGCUGACAAACAUUGCCUUUGACAAAUCGGGGUCAAGGUUUAUAACUGGGAGCUACGACAGGAAAUGCAGAGUUUGGGACACAGCCUCGGGCACAGAGCUGCACACGCUGGAGGGUCACAGAAACGUGGUGUCUGCAGUUGCAUUCAACAACCCCUAUGGAGACAAGAUUGCCACAGGCUCUUUUGAUAAGACAUGCAAACUGUGGUGUGCAGAGACGGGCAAAUGUUUUCAUACCUUUCGUGGACACACUGCAGAAAUAGUGUGCCUGGCAUUCAACCCCCAGAGUACGCUGGUGGCCACAGGCAGCAUGGAUGCUACUGCCAAGCUGUGGGAUGUGGAGACUGGAGAGGAGGUGGCCACGUUGACUGGUCACACUGCAGAGGUCCUCUCUCUGUGCUUCAACUCAGCAGGAAAUCAGCUCGUCACUGGCUCCUUUGACCACACCGUUGCUAUAUGGGAUGUCGCUUCAGGAAGACGUGUCCAGUCCCUGAUUGGUCACACUGGGGAAAUCAGCAAUGUUCAGUUUAGCUGGGAUUGCGCCCUCCUAGUGACAGGCUCCAUAGACAAAACCUGCAAGUUGUGGGACGCAGUCAGUGGGAAGUGUGUGGCCACCCUAGUUGGACACAAAGAAGAAGUUCUAGAUGUGUGUUUUGAUUUAAGUGGUCAGCUCAUUGCUUCUGCUUCUGCUGAUGGUACAGCACGAGUGUUCAGUGCAACCACACAUCAGUGUCUUGUGAUGCUGGAGGGCCAUAGAGGAGAGAUCUCAAAGAUCUGUUUCAGCCCCCAGGGCAGCAGGGUCCUAACUGCCAGCUCAGACAAGACAGCUCGUCUGUGGGAUGUUCAGUCUGGAGUCUGCCUACAAGUCCUGGAGGGUCACACUGACGAGAUCUUCUCCUGCGUCUUCAACUAUGAAGGUGACACCAUCAUUACAGGAAGCAAGGAUAACACAUGCCGGAUCUGGUACUGACCCUUCCCUCGACCCAUAACUGGCUCAGACAGGCUCAUAAUAAUCAGUUUGACCUACUGUGUAUCUUUCUGAUUGUGGAAUACCAACUAAAAAAUCUAGUCCUGUAAAGGUGAAAGUCUG